CAGACCAGGGGCAGAAUAGGACUGCUGAUCUAGGAUCAGGUCCCCCAUGUCCAUGUUAUCCGAUUCAUUGUGAUCUAAAAGGCAGAACGAAUCCCAGAUCAGCACUCCUACGCUUGAUACAUGGCCCUAGAGCAGAGCUGGUUGACAGAAUAACAGAACGUAACACAAACACACUUUUGUCUCUGGCAGAAGGAGGCAAUGAUUUCGCAGUCAGCAAGUAGCCAUGUGAAGAGUCACAAUACCCCCUGUUUCAACGAGCGAGUGCAAUGUCAAGAGUUGACCCAUAUUGGAGUGAAGAUACAGAACACUGAUGUAUUCCUUUCUCAGGGGAUAAUGAUGAUGAAUACACUUAUAAAUCCAGACAUACAGAAACCUGUCUAUUAUAUUAAUUCAAUGUGGCUGAUUUCUUCUUCACACUGACUGUGUGAUUUGAAUGACAACCAAUGCCCUUUACCCUCUGAUGAUUGUAUCAAUGAUUAAUCAAUCCAGCCAAUCAGUUCCAAUGUUUCUUUCCACUAUAAAACUAUGAACAUUCCCCACAUGCAGGUAGUCUUUUCUUCUUCUUGUAAAAACAGACAUAUUUGUCUUCUUCUUGUGAUUGAUUAGUCAACCUGAUUCAUCUUCGGUGCACGUGCCCUACUUUGGAACCGCCACUAGAGGCGACAAAAUUAACGUUCGUUUGCCUCGCUAACUUUAGAAGCAAGUUAUUGGAUUGUGAAAGUAACGUGAAAGACAGAAUGGCAGAGAAUUGUGAGAGAAUGGCAGAAUGGCAUAGAAAUAGUUCCCAAAUAAAUACGUUGGACAAUGAGAAACUUGUAAGACCAAAAGAGAAACUGCAUAUCUUAUUACAACAGGCAGGUGCAGACAAAGACAUUUUCACCUUGAAAGAGGUGAUAUUCUACCUGGGACAGUACAUCAUGAAGAAACAGCUUUAUGACAUGAAGCAGCAACACAUAGUGCACUGUGCUGAUGACCCACUGGGGGCUGUACUGGGAGUGGACAGCUUCUCUGUUAAAGAACCACGAGUCCUCUUCGCUAUGAUCACACAAAAUCUCCUCGCGGUGAAAAAUCAAGAAUCCCAAUCUGUCUUCACGGAACCCAGGAGCCAGAGUGAACCGGAUAGAGGGCCUAAGGACACAGACUCAGACUGUCAUUCAUCAUCUACCUCAGAACGCAGGAGAAGGAGGAGGAGUAGUGACCCUGAGGGGACAUCAUCGACACAAGAGGAGGACGGGUGUGAGCCCAGGAAGAGACAUAGGUCAGACAGCUUUUCUCUGACCUUUGAUGACAGCAUGUUCUGGUGUGUGAUUGGAGGCCUGAAACGAGACCGGAGGAGCAGCGAGUCUUCAAACUCCCACAGUAACACUGAAGUAGGUUCGUUGGUCAGUGACGUGUGUGACGAUGGUCUGAGCCAGGAUCUGGACUCUGAGUCUGAUAACUUCAGCGUGGAGUUUGAGGUGGAGUCCAUCGACUCGGAUGCCUACAGCGAUCCCGAAGAGGCUUCAGUGUCUGGAGAGGACGAGGUGUAUGAAGUCACCAUCUUUGAGGCAGAGGAGGAGGACUCGUUCGAUGACGACACUGAAAUCACGGAAGCGGACUACUGGAAGUGCUCAAAGUGUGAGGAGUUGAACCCUCCCCUCCCCCGUAACUGCAACCGCUGCUGGACGCGUAGAAUGGAUUGGUUUCCCGAGGCCGACAGCAACUCUGCUACCACCACCACCAUAGCCCCUAACCUCAAACCCUUUCCCCCCAAGCCUUCCCCAGCCCCGACAGAGCCCGACGAGACCGAAGGACUGGAUGUCCCAGACGGGAAGAGAGCCAGGUCGCCCCUUCCCCUCCUCAAAGACUCCCAGGAUUUGGUCUCUGGGCCCGAUUCCCAAGACUCGGCCUGCUCCUCCCAGCCCUCCACCUCUUCUUCGAACUCCAAUGGUGUAGGCUCAUGCUCGUCCUCUAGCGCCCCCUUCAGCCAAGAAGUGAUGGCACCAGACUUGGAGCGUUUCAACAGCCUGGAGGCUCACCUCCCCGCCAGCUGCCUGGAGCCCUGCGUCAUCUGUCAGACCAGGCCCAAGAACGGCUGCAUCGUACACGGACGCACCGGACACCUCAUGGCCUGUUACACCUGCGCCAGGAAACUGAAGAAGAGGAACAAGCUGUGUCCUGUCUGCAGGGAGCCUAUCCAGUCUGUCGUCUUAAUUUAUCUCAGCUGAGGACGGCUAUCGGCUAAGACUGUACAUUCCAAAUAGCAGUCUAUUCCCUAUGUAGUGCACUACUUUCAACCAUGGCCACAUAGGACUCUGGUCUAAAGUAGUGCACUACAUAGGGAAUAGGAUGUAACCCAAAGCUACACAGCUCCCUGAUCCUCAAAACAACUUAAAUCCUGAAUGAAUAAGUAAUAUGUUUUAA